UUGGUCCAGUGGCAAAGGUGCUUAUAAUGGACCCUGAACUAAUAAGAGAAAUAUUGACUAAAAAUGUCAUCUUCAAGAAGCCAAUUCCCAACCCACUGGCCAAGUUUCUAGUAGCUGGUUUGGCAGGCUAUGAAGAUGAGAAGUGGGCUAAGCACAGAAAGAUUGUCACCCCAGCUUUCUAUGUGGAGAAGCUCAAGAACAUGCUGCCUAAAAUGUACUUUUGCUGCAAUGAAAUGAUAAGGAAGUGGGAAACUCUAUUAGCAGAAAAGAGUUGUUUGGAGUUGGAUGUGCAGCCUCAUUUUGAUGAUUUAACCAGCGAUGUGAUUUCAAGAACUACAUUCGGAAACUGCCACGCACAAGGAAGAAAGAUAUUCAAGCUUCAGAAAGAACAAGCAGAAUUAACUGGCCAAGUUUUGAAAUCAGUUUACAUUCCAGGAUGGAGUUUUCUACCAACAAAGAGAAACAAGAGAAUGAAAAAGAUCAACAAUGAACUCCAAGCUCUUUUUCUAGAUAUUAUAAUGGAAAGAGAAAGGGUCAUGAAGCUAGGAAAAGAUGAUGAUGACAACCUGUUGUCUAUGUUAUUGAAAUCCAAUGCAAGAGAAAUUCAAGAGCAAGGAAAAAAGCAUGGUUUGAGUACUGGCGAGGUGAUUGAGGAAUGCAAAACAUUUUACUUUGCUGGCCAAGAAAGUACCUCAAAUCUGCUGGUAUGGACCAUGGUUUUGUUAAGCAUGCACCCACAUUGGCAAGUUCAUGCUAGAGAAGAGAUUUUGCGAGUUUUCGGGAAUAACAAACCAGAUUAUGAUGGCUUAAACCGCCUCAAAAUUGUAACGAUGAUUUUGUACGAAGUUCUGAGGUUGUAUCCACCAUCUAUAAUAUUCUCAAGGACCAUCUACGAAGAAACAAAACUAGGAGAAAUGAGUUUUCCUCCAGGUGUAUUCCUCAUGUUACCUAUAAUCCUACUGCAUCAUGAUCCUCAACUCUGGGGUGAAGACUGCAAAGAAUUCAAACCUGAAAGAUUUUCCCAAGGCAUCGCUAAAGCCACGAAAAAUCAACUUUCAUUCUUUCCUUUCAGCUGGGGUCCUCGAAUUUGCAUCGGUAACAAUUUUGCUUUGAUGGAAGCUAAACUUGCUUUGACAAUGAUACUUCAACAUUUCGAAUUUGAGCUUUCUCCAUCUUAUAUUCAUGCUCCUUGUUUCGUUGUAACCCAUAAACCUCAACAUGGCGCAAAUAUAAUUUUGCGCAAAAUAUAGAAACAGUAGCCCCUAGUGGUUCUGUUCUGUAAAAGUUCCUUUUUUUUUUGGCUUUUUUGGGCCUUUUGUUUAAGAGAGUUGUAAAGUGACAAAAUGAGUGGGAAAAAAAGAACU